UUAUCAUUAUUCUUUACACACAUGUUGAUUGUUCGGUUUGUUGGCUGUUAUUUUAUUUUUUUUCGUUUAAUUCUUAUAUUUUUAAAGAGAUUAACAAGUCUUUUUAAGUCUUUCAUUAUCAUUUUUUACUAUAAUUUUUAUAUUCGUUGAUAUUGUCAAGCAACAUGGGUCGAAAAUGUGUUGUAUGUAAAAUUCCUGAAAGUGUUAAUUCUGGUGUUUCAUUUCACUCAUUUCCUAAAGAACAAGAUCUUAAACAAUGUUGGAUGAAUGAAAGCCAAAUUAAAUUGUGCCUUCCUUCAUAUAGAGUUUGUUCUAACCAUUUUUCACCACAAUAUAUUUUAACAAAUGGCUUGUUGAAGAAAAAUGCAAUACCAAGUGUUAAAUUAUCACCUUUUGCUGUAACUAAUUAAAUUGAUGAGCAUUCAAUUCCUGCUUCUAAUAUCCAAAGUUCUCAAACUGCAUUCGAAUCUGAUAGUCCAGCUUCUAGUACAUUAAAAGGGUUAAAUAAAAGAUAUCCAGUAAUUUACUCUCAUUAGCAUGAUUAAUGAAGUAAAACAAUUGUAUUAUAACUACCUUAAUAAUUUUGUUCAGAACACCUGCUCGAAAAAAAUUAUUUGAGAAUGAAAGUUCACCACUGAAACGUAGCCCUAUUUUGUCUUCUCCUCCAAGCUUAGCAAAAAAACGUAAAUUUAUUAAUGCUCACAAUAUUGGUAAUUUAAAUGUUGAUCAUUAUUGCUCUCCCAAAAGAGCAGAAAGACAUUUAAAAAUGGUCAAGCAAAAAUUUCUGAAAAAACAAAUUGAAUCAAAUUAAUUGAAAAGACAAGUUAAUAGUCUAAAAAUUAAAUUAAAUUCAUAUGAAGAAUUAAUUAAAUCAUUAAAGAAUAAUCAACUGUUAUCUGAAAAUGCAGCUAAUCAACUUCAGGUCAGUAGUCUAUAAUUCUCUUAAACAUUUCCUAAAUUUUUUUUUAAGCUUAUUCAAUAUUAUUAAAAUAGGAACUUUAAUAUAUUUAAAUAAUAAUUGUGAAUUAUGGUAAUUUUUAAAUCUUAUUACUAUAUUACUACUUGUAUUAAUAUUAUAUUUUUAUGUUUUAACGAACCUAAUGACCACUAAACAUUUAGUUAACUAAUUGUAAAGUUAUGGUACCGCCGUACCGGCAUAGAUGUGGUAAGUUAUUUUAUUUGUUUACCUCUAAUAACAUUUUUUUAUGAAUUUGUUGUUUUAUAUGUUGUUAAUAGAUUUCUGUUUCAGAUGUUCUAUGGGAUAUUAUUAAAAUAGGAACUUUAAUAUAUUUAAAUAAUAAUUGUGUAUUAUGGUUAUUUUUAAAUCUAAUUACUAUAUUACUACUUGUAUUAAUAUGAUAUUUUUAUGUUUUAACGAACUUAAUGACCACUAAACAGUUUAUUUGUUUACCUCUAAUACCUUAUUUUUUGGAGGGUUCAAAUCUCUUCCGAAAUGCUUUCAAAAAAUAUUUAUUUUUUGACAUAGCUAUGUAAAAUACUAUUCGAAUUUGUAUUAUUAAUUAUAUUGUGUAACUACUAA